AUGUUUGCUUGGAAGAUUAUCCAUAAUGCGUUGCCUUCUGCUUCGUUACUUGCUCGGAAGGGUUUGCCUGUGGAUUCCAGAUGUGGAUUAUGUCAUCAGGAUGUGGAGACACUUUCUCACCUUUUUCAAGAUUGUCCAUUUACUUGGAGUUUAUGGGAGGACCAACCUUGUGGUUCGACCUUGAAUAUGUCCCAGGAUCAGUCUUUUGAGGAAUGGUUUCCUGAGGUUCUUUUUAAGUUUCUUCAUGAUAAGGACCGGUUGAUGCUAGAUCGAUUUUUAAGCCUGUUAUGGGCCCUCUGGCUUACUCGGAACUCUAUGAGGUUUCGUUCUGUGGUUUAUUCUCCUGAUUCUAUUAUAGAUCUAGCUUCUAGUUGGGUGGACAGGUGUUCCGAGGCAAGGUCGUUCAGAUAUGAUAUUACGCCUGCGUUUCCUCCAGGGUUUUCUUGUCCUAUGUCUUCUACAGUUCUUAGAGGGAUUGCUUCGGAUGUAUAUACCGUCAGUCUUACUUUUGAUGGGGCCUGGAAGUCUGAAAGUCAUAAUGCGGGUACUGGAUGGGUAUUCUUGGAUGUGGCUUCUAAUGUUCCUCUCGGGGGUGGGGCGCAGGCUUGUAAAUCUAAUUCUGCGUUCCAGUCUGAAAUGAUUACUUGUCUGUUUGCUUUACGCCAUGCCAGGCAACGUGGGUAUUCCUCUUUACAAAUUCUUACUAAUUGCUCUUUGGUAGUGGAUUCACUUCGGUCUCCGGUUCCCAAGGAUAUUUCUGUCUGUUGGAUUCAGCAGGAGCUUCUGGAAGUUAUUGGGGCUUUGGUUGUGUGUCAUGUUCAGAAGGUUCCCAGAUCUACGGUUACUCAAGCUCAUUGUUUGGCAGGGAUGGCACGUUGGCGUGAUUUACUUUGUUUCCGUUUUUAG